AUGACUAGAGCUGCCGAAGAAGUGCUUGGCCCUAGACUUCAUGCUGGACUUGUGAUAGCCCCGAAUGUCGGGGAUAUUAGCACUUCCCCUGACCUACGCUCUCAAGUAUUUCGAGGAGCGCGGAACAAUUUGCCUGAUAUGGAUUCGGUUACGGCUACUCAGAGGGCACUAGAAAGCCUGUACAAAAACGAUGCUACCGAUACUGUCUUCUUGUUUUUGAUAUCAGGCGGAGGUUCUGCGUUAUUCUGUGCUCCCGAUGGAAUAACUCUGGAGGAAAAACUCUCGACGAUACGAGCACUUACUGCAAAUGGAGCAGAUAUCCGGGUUCUCAACGCAUUUCGUCAAAAGCUCUCAACUGUUAAAGGAGGAAAAACUCUGAACUACAUAACGAAAGGAGAGGUGGUCGCUUUGAUUAUUUCUGAUCUAGUCAGCAAUCAGAUCCAGUUUAUAGCCAGUGGACCAACAAUUCCUCAAACUACAGCAAUGUUGGAAAUGUCAGAAGCGCUCACGACCUCCCCAAAAUGGACUGCUCUCUUACCAGAAAAGAUAUUGGCUAGGUUAAAGGUCAAUCCACCCUCUCCAAAAGUGAACCCGCACAAUAUAAUCAUCGCUUCUAUCACAACUGCACUCUCUGCUCUCCAACAAUUCUUCACAUCCAAAGGCUAUGAUGCACAUGUUGUUACGAGCACACUCGUAGGAGAUGCAACCCAAAGAGGCAAAGAUUUCGCUGAGUUGCUUAUGACACCAAAGCAGAACCUACACGAAGCACUGCACAAAUUUGCCGCAGAUUUCAAUGCAGAACUAGGAAAUAAGAUAGCACUUUUAUUUGGCGGUGAAACUACAGUUAUAAUCCGUGGUAAAGGAAAAGGCGGUCGAAGUCAAGAAAUGGCCCUUUCUUGCCUAGCUAACCUUUCAUCAUCUUCCCUGCCAAAAUUCCUAUUCUUGGCUGCUGGCACUGAUGGGCAGGACGGACCCACCGACGCCACUGGAGCUUACGUCACAAACAAUGAUGUAAACAGUGACAUCGUUGAACGCUGCACAAAUUACUUGAAAGACUCGAAUUCUUACGAAUUUUGGUCCACCUAUAACCAUGGCUCAAAUCACAUAAAACCUGGUCCUACUGGCACUAACGUAAUGGAUGUACAAAUUGUUUUGAUGGAGUUUGCUCAAUAA